ACGCAAUGCAGCGCUUGCUUGGAGCAUGUGCCGAACAAGCUCACUAUCAAGCUUGAGUGCAAACCGGAGGCUCAUGUUUACUGUCACGAGUGUUUACUCAACUUGUUCAAGAGUGCACUGAAAGACAACGACCUAUUUCCCCCACGGUGUUGCAGGGUUCCGAUCCCGCUCGAUACAUGUCGGGCCAUACUUCCGAAAGCGAUGAUCAAGGACUUUGAUCUCAAGGUCGAGGAGAUGGCUACGCCGAACCCGACCUACUGUCACAACCCCGACUGCGCAAAGUUCCUCCUGAGCCGGGAUAUUCGAGCCAAAGUCGGCACAUGCCCGUUCUGCAAGAGCAAGACUUGCGUUGAAUGCAAAGCGAAAGAUCAUGACCGUGGGCUAUGUGAGGAAGAUCCCCAUGUCCAACUACUCAUGGAUGCCGCGAAGCGAAGCAAGUGGCAGCAAUGCUUGCGUUGCAAUAACAUGGUUGAGCUGGCUGUGGGAUGUUUCCACAUGACUUGCCGGUGCUCCCACCAGUUUUGCUACUUGUGCGGCGUCCAGUGGAAGGAAUGUCGGUGUCCACAAUGGGAUGAGAACUAUCUCGUU